CUGCAAGGGAAUACGAGGACAGUAAUACUCAACGGCUGAUAUUCGAUAUGGCAUGACUUGAUAAUUGAAGAUGGACUGAUCAGCAGUAACUCAAUCAUUUGUAUUUAAAAGUAGAAGUGUCCAAGAAAAACACCCAUCUACCUGACAACAGGCAUCUCCAUAAUCCUAUACAACAUCUUCCAACACACUCACUCAGAAAAUAUUCAAUCCCUCAAACCUUCACAACGCCACCACCAAAAUGACAACCAAAUACCCCCUAAUCGAAGGCAUCGACAUCCACAACCCCUCCCCAGCACACGAAGCCAACGCCGCCUUCCUGCGGUCCUUCCCCAUCGACCGCGCCGUCUUCCGCUUGUACGCCCGCUCCCCAGGAACCUUCCUCCCCAUCAUGUCCGUCCUGGACAGCAUCCUCUCCGGCGAAAAGCGCACCAUCCAGCUCCUCGACUACCAGCUUAUUGUACUCCGCAUGACGGGUCUCAUCAACGCAGAGUACCUCUUCGGCAUCAACGAGCCCAUCUCGCGCCUCAACGGGCUCGGCGACGACAAGAUUGAGGCGCUGCGCAAGGGCCUGACCUCGAAGGAAUUGAUCGCUAUGGGCACGUGGACGGAGCGCCAGCAGUGUAUUCUGACACUCGUGGAGGAGUCGAUUCGCACGUACGAUAAUAAGGAGGAGACGAUUCUGUGGGCCAAGAGGAUUAUGUCGGAUGAUGAGGUCGUGGAGUGUUUUGUCGUUCUGGGGUUUUAUACUACGAUUGCGAGGAUGACGAAGGGGUUGAGAGUGCAGAAGGAUCCGGUUAUUCCGCAUUUGGAGACUGCCAUUGUGGAUACCAUCACGAAGAAUGAGAAGGACGGGGUGGAGGCUUAGAUUUUAUGAUUUGGUAGUGCUAGUUGGUUGUUCAGAGAGUUCGAGUGUGGUCGUUCUCUUAUGUAGGGUUAGUGGAGU